AUGUAAAAUUGUGAUCUCAAUUCCCAUUCAAUUGGCAUUUCAAGAAAAUAAUAAUAAGGUCUUUAUAGCAAUAUUGAAUACUAAUCAUAUAAACCUUAAAUAAAUAAUUAGAACCUUAAAAACUUACAAUAUCUAAAAAAUCACAUCUCAUAAUUGCAAUCAGUUCUCUCAUAUUCAUAUAGAAAAUCGAGUUUUACAAAAUCAAAGAUUGAUGAUUCAAUAAAUUUUUCAGAUGAAAAAUCCACUUAUUCUGUUUAUGAUGAUAAAUAGAACUUUAUCUAUUUCCCACAAUAAAAUAUGAAAAGCUCAGAUUAUUUUAUUAUGAGUGAUAUGUCUAGUAGAAAAAUAACAAAGGAGAGUCCUUUAUAAAGUGAAAGAACAAAUAAAAGUAUUCUCAAAAAUAACAAUAAUUAAAGUUGUGCAACACAUAAAUUAUAAUAAAAGGAAUUAAAAUAAUUAACAGAACAUAAUAAUAAGUAAAACUCAUUAAUUCAAAAAUAAAUUGCGACUGAUAUUUUAUAAGAAUGUUUAAGAUAGAAUCUUUAAGACAAGAUUCUUUUUUUAGAAGAAUUAAAAAAGUAAAAGUAACAAAAAAUAAGAUAAGGUAUUUUAGAUAUCAUUAUUUAGAAUAUAAAUACUAAAAAAAAUAAAUUGAACUUGAUUGUUAAAAUUAGAUCUAAAAGCAAAUCCAUAAUUUUGAGAAGUAAAUAAAGAAUUUAGUUGAAACAAAAAAUAAAGAAUCAUUUUGUAAUGUAUUCUUUUACAAAUAUGAAUAGCUCAAAGUCCAUUGAAAACUUAAAAUUCACUAUUUUUAAGAUUUGGAAUUGUAGAAUCUGUUAAUAAAUUCAAAAAGGAAUGUAUUAUAAAUUGAUUAUAUUAUUAUUAGUUUAAGAAAAAAAACAUAAAGCCAUAAAAGUAAGAUUUCAAAAUGCAGAUGUAUAAAAAUUCAAAACUGAAUAUGAUUGA